CAGCUGGAUGAACCAAACGGGCCCCAGAUAUCACCAAUCUUUUUGAGCAGCAGAUGGUUGACAAUGCUUCUCUUCCCCUGUUGAGAGCAGUCCACGUUGCCGUCCCCGUCCCGUGCCUUCACUUUUCUUUUCCAGCCAUGUACCUUGUGCCUUUUAAACUUUUCCGCAGAACAUCUCCACCUGCAUUCUCUCCACCACGGUCCCGGAUAUUCGGCCACCCCGUCAACCGGUCAUUUCACCGUUCCACAUUCUGUUGGAGCUUUUUACGAAAUCUUUGCAACGAAACUCGUCGACGCCGUAGUCGGCCUUCACCAACCCACAGAGUAUCCAAAAUAUUUGCACGUCAUCCUUCACAACGCCUCGAUUUCCAAUCCAAAUCUUUGAACCCCCCUCCCUCCUUAUUCUUAUCCAGACGGCCGAAGUUCGCGCGAAUGCAGCCCAUUCAUCCCGAAUUCCCGAUUCCGCGUCGAUCAGUUCUUCGGGUUCCACUGCUAUCAAUCCCUCAUCCUCGAUCGCAACAGUCACCACCAUCCACAAGUCACGACUCGAUCGGGGUCAGGUCGGGGUAUCGGCUUGGUAUAUCUUCCAAACUCUUUUUUACCGCUGUGGAUUUCAAUUUGCGUAGCCCCAUAGCUUCUAUCCAUCACCGUUUUUACCCGCUACAAGCCGAGACAUCGGACGGCAUAUCGGAGCGGUCUUGUACGUAAUCACAUCGGCGGCGCUAUCCGGCGGCGCUAUCCACCACCCGGCUACGAUUCGAACGACAGCCGCCAAGCCAAACGGGCCGUCCUCUCGGCCUCCGGCCCCGGGACUCUAAGCUAAGACGUUAAGUCACUUGCCCGUACCCAGCGGCAGAGUGGCGGCUGCCGUAGUCACAUCCCGACACCCGCCGGCCGGUUCUAAGCGAUAAGGG